GGCAUGAGCUUCAGGUGGACACACCCACCUGAAGCUCAUGCCUGAGGUUCGACACACAGGGUGUAGCUUCAGACUCGUCUCCCGACCAAACUGUGACUUCUCUCCCAAAGACUCCCUGCUUUCUUACUAAAACAGCUUCUACCAUGCCUGAGACUGCAGAGUCCCACUCCGUCACCCUUGCCACCAAUCGUAACUGCACCAUAGAGAUCACCAAUGUCAGCAGCAUCUAUUGCCUCGCCAACCCAAAGGUUCACAUGGAGAGCGGAUUUUCCUUCAGCCCUCCACAGCCCACCGUUCGCACCGCCAAGACCGAGGUCUGCUCUUUCAUCAAAGAUGACAACACGGCCACGGGCGCUGUGGGCGUGUUGACCUACGAGAUGGUCGACAUGCGGCUGCGGAGUUGCAGCGACCUGAUGGCCAUCAUGUUCUCGGUGCCGUUUGAUUACUCGUUCUACAAGAACUGGCUGGGCGUGGGAGUCUUUGAGAAGACGCGAGCUUGCGAUGACAAGUUGUUUGAUCACAUGUACAAGAGCAACGAUUUCACCAACUUUGUGCGCCAAGAGGCCAACGGUUCAGGGUUGCUGUUCCAAGGUAAAGAGGUGGACGUGCGGGCCUGCAUGUCAAACGAGGGCAAGGCCAUGAUCAAGCUGGAGCUCUAUGACAAGAUGGGCCGAUGAGCGGUCAGCAACACGUCCAGAAUGUUCAGAAUCCAAAGAUGUUCCAUCUGCUGAUGAUUGAAUGUGACUCUCAUCAUUGUGGGGGCUUUAGAGAAUAAAAAACUCUGAAAUAAAA